AUGAAGGACAACAUCAUCAGGCGGCUGGAGGAGGAGGUCCAGGCCAAGGAGGCCAAGAUCGCGGCGCUGACCACCAAGCUGGACAAGCUUAAGUCGGUGCUGCCGCCGCCCGCCACGGCGCGCGCGGGCGGCCAGCGCCGCUCGCUCUGGACCUCCGACGCCUACCGCAACAACAACAGCGAGCACCACAACCGCAACAGCCUGCAGAAUGACCGCACCAUGAUGACCGCGCCCGCGCUGCGACGCGGCCUGGGCGUGGAGGGCGUGAGCGAGGGCGCCGAGGCUAGAGUCAAGAGGACGGCUAUCUCGGCCGAGCCCGCCAACGACGACCUCGAGGACUUCUACGACCCCGACUACGCGCCCGUGGCCGUGCCCAAGUCGCCCGAAUCGAAGGAGCUGCUCCGCCAGGCGAUCCUCGACAAUGACUUCCUCAAGAACCUGGAGAUGGCGCAGGUCAAGGAGAUCGUCGAGUGCAUGUACAGCGUCGAAUACGCGGCGGGCUCUCUCAUCAUCAAGGAGGGGGACAUCGGCUCCAUGCUCUACAUCAUGGAAGUACGUGCAUGUAAUGGAUCAAGGGAUAUUUCCAUGUGUAAGAUAGGAUCGCGAGUCUGCAACGAACAGAAGCUUUCAAUGUUUCCACAUAUAAGAAAUGAAUGA